UGGAGUCGGCGCGCGGCGGCGCCCCGCCCCUGCCCGCCCUCGCGGGCUGUGGCCGCGCGAGGCGGUUCCGCUUCCCCCUCCGGCUCCUGCCGCCGCCGCCUCGGUGGGUCCCGCCGCCGCCAUUGCAGGAGGCGCCGUGUGGCGGCCGCGCCCCGUCCACCUCGCCGCCCCUCUUGCCGCCGCCGGGCCGUCUGCGGAGGCGGCAGGCGCUGCCGCCAGCCCGUGCUUUUGCUAGCUAUUGAGAAUCAUGUCUGACAACGGAGAACUGGAAGACAAGCCACCAGCUCCUCCUGUCCGGAUGAGCAGUACUAUCUUUAGUUCAGGGGGCAAAGACCAGUUGUCUGCCAACCACAGCUUGAAACCCCUGCCCUCUGUACCAGAAGAGAGAAAACCUAGGAAUAAAAUCAUCUCCAUAUUCUCUAGCACUGAAAAAGGAAGCAAGAAAAAGGAAAAGGAAAGGCCAGAAAUCUCCCCUCCAUCAGAUUUUGAACAUACCAUCCAUGUUGGCUUCGAUGCAGUUACUGGAGAAUUUACUGGAAUGCCAGAGCAAUGGGCUCGGUUGCUACAGACCUCAAAUAUCACCAAGUUAGAACAGAAGAAAAAUCCUCAGGCGGUACUAGAUGUGCUGAAGUUCUAUGACUCUAAAGACACAGCAAAACAGAAGUACCUGAGUUUCUCUGCUCCAGAAAAAGAUGGUUUCCCUUCAGGAACACCAACGACGAAUGCCAAAGGUUCAGAGCCAUCAACGGCUGUAGCUGAUGAUGAUGAUGAAGAUGAUGAUGAAGAAGCUCCUCCUCCAGUUAUUGCUCCACGGCCAGAUCACACAAAAUCGAUUUAUACACGGUCUGUAAUUGACCCCAUCCCUGUACCAGUUGGCGACACUUCUGUUGACAGUGUGACCAAAUCGGGUGAUAAACAGAAAAAGAAGACCAAAAUGUCAGAUGAAGAGAUCAUGGAAAAACUACGUACUAUUGUGAGCAUAGGUGAUCCCAAGAAAAAAUACACCAGAUAUGAAAAAAUUGGGCAGGGGGCUUCAGGUACAGUUUUCACAGCUAUCGAUGUGGCAACAGGGCAGGAGGUUGCUAUCAAACAGAUAAACCUGCAGAAACAGCCCAAGAAGGAGUUGAUUAUUAAUGAGAUCUUGGUAAUGAAGGAGCUAAAGAACCCCAACAUAGUCAACUUCCUGGACAGUUACCUUGUAGGAGAUGAAUUGUUUGUGGUGAUGGAAUAUCUAGCUGGAGGCUCACUAACAGAUGUGGUCACAGAAACAUGUAUGGAUGAAGCACAAAUUGCUGCUGUUUGCAGAGAGUGCUUGCAAGCGCUUGAGUUCUUACAUGCCAACCAGGUCAUCCACAGAGACAUUAAGAGUGACAAUGUGCUGUUAGGAAUGGAUGGAUCAGUUAAACUCACCGACUUUGGUUUCUGCGCUCAGAUCACCCCAGAGCAGAGCAAACGCAGCACUAUGGUUGGGACUCCUUACUGGAUGGCUCCUGAAGUGGUCACGCGGAAAGCCUAUGGCCCAAAAGUGGAUAUCUGGUCUCUGGGAAUCAUGGCUAUUGAGAUGGUGGAAGGAGAACCCCCAUACCUCAAUGAAAACCCUCUGCGGGCUUUAUAUUUGAUAGCAACUAAUGGCACACCGGAGCUGCAAAACCCCGAGAAACUGUCCCCAAUAUUUCGGGAUUUCUUAAACAGAUGUUUGGAGAUGGAUGUAGAAAAAAGAGGAUCAGCCAAAGAAUUGUUGCAGCAUCCCUUCUUGAAACUGGCCAAACCUCUGUCUAGCUUGACACCACUGAUCCUAGCAGCCAAAGAAGCAAUGAAGAGUAACCGCUAACAUUAUUGCUAUGGCCUUCAUCUUUUUGUGGUGUUUUUGUUUUUUGUUUUUUGUUUUUUUUUUUUUUUUUUACAAAUCUUUAUAAUAUAUGAAAUUGUUACACUUCUGGUGGGAGGGAAGGGGUUUGGGGAAAAAGAAGUCUGCAAAAGGGAAGAAACUCUUAUCCAGAAGACACCCAAAAUAAAUUGUGGUGACUCUAGUGAACCCUUUCUGCGGUCCAGAAGGAAUUGAGGACUGAAUUACUGGCCUUUUAUUUUUUUUUGCAGACAGCCAAGGAAAGCCACUUACUGUGCCCAGGGUUUUAAGGGUUUUUGAUGACUUUGCUGUAACAACUCCCAUUCAUUGUACCCUUCUGGGUACUUUCAAUACUUGAAUGACAAGAUUCAAGCUUUCAGAGAGCAGCACUAAUUUUACCUGCUGAUCUCUUUCAUUCUCCUCUUCCUCCCCUCUACCUAUUGACUUUUAAAUUGCUUUAGUAAGCCCCCAUAUGACUAGAUUAACGGCAAGUGUGACAAAUGUGAAGGUACAUCUUGCCUCUUCUUCCUUUUACAGAUUAGCUGUUACUGUACUGUAAAAUUAACAGCUUGGCUACUUAAGAAAUCAUAAUGUGUUGAAACGUUUCUUUCUUUUAAGAAGGAGAGAGGGGGAAGAGAAGUAUUCACUAUUUCUUACAUGCCUGUGUUCUGUGUACUUCUGAUCAAAGGUGUGACCUCUUUGUAGAAACUUCAUGAUUGGUCAAGUCUUUGGAUGUCAGGUUACGGAUAUAUGGAGAGGGGUCAGAUACUUCAUUUAUGAUCAAAUGGUCAGUUAAAGUCAGGGCAAGAAGAAAAUUCCAGCUGUCUUCCUGUCUGCUCUUUUUUUCCCGUUAGACUUGCCGGCCAGAAGCUUAAGGGAUAUUUUGCUUUGUGUGGUGAGCGGUUCAAAGACACGUAUCUGUAUUCUGACUUGGGCUUUGAGAGUUAUGCUGGUGCCUUUGACUUUUUUAUUUUACAUUUCCCUUCUUUGUAUCAAAUACAUUUUUGUAUAUGUUGUAAUUUUUUCCCAAGCAAAUAAUGCAUCAACCUAUGGAGUUGUCAGAAUUUAAGUAUUAGAGCUAUUUUUUCCAUUUUUGUAUGUGCUCCAUUUGUACUAAUGAAAUCAAAAGAACAAAUAAUCAGAUCUGAGGUCACUGAAGAUACAGGAUUUUUAAAAUACAGUUCAAACAGAAGAUUACAAACACCUGGGAAUGCCGAAGUGCUGUCCUGUGAAGAUAAAGGUUGAGAGUGGAGAACAGUGCUGUCAGAUGUUAAUGGGGCUUAUUUGAGUGGCUGGUUCGAGGCUGAAGAGACUCGAUAUGUUACACUGGUCCUUUCUCACUAAAGACAUUUUACCAGCUGGAAUCGCUGAAGUCAAAUAUUCAAUGCAAGAAAAACUGCCUCCCUCUAGAGGCAGUGAACAACUUAAGUGGUUGAGUUCUUGGGGUAUUAACAGAGGCACCUGUAGAAGAAUCUAUGGCCCCGGCUUCUUUUAGUGCCGCAGUCCAUGCAUUUCAACCUCCAGAACAGUUUAAUGAAGAGCCAACUGUAAUUACAAUGUGCCAAAUGAUUCUGUGAAAGAACAGCCAUUCAUUUAGUGGGAAUCCACAUUUUGUCGCGUUCCCAGGGGGCGGAUUCUUAGAUGGGUAGGGUUACGGCUGGGUAUGGACAGAGGAGGACCCCAAAUUAAAAUUUGCAUGCACUUUUACAAAUGUUGCUGGCAGAAGAUAAAGUUGUUGUUUUAGAUAAGUUCAGUAUUCAUAUAGAGAUAGAAAUAAAGAUGUUUUGGGGACUGGUAGCCAAGAUAUGACAAAACUAACUUCCAGGUGCAAGUGGCUGGGCCAGAACAGCUGAGCCUGUUUGUGUUUGUGAGGAAGGAGAAGUGAGGCAAGGGUCUCAGUUUUUGCUGCUGCUCACUAGCUGCUAGGAAAUUGCUUUGUACCAACAGGAUGCCUUAUUUUGUAAGGAACCACAGUAUGACGGUUCAGUUUGUAUUCUGGCAAACUCUUCUGUGAUAGGUACCCAAGUAAAUUGCUAACUCUACCAUUAAAGGAAUAAAUAUCCCUCUAGCUAUAAGCACGAGAACAUUCCUGAUUUUUAAAUUCAAGAAAGGGUCGCUUUCCAGGAAAAUAAUUCUAAGAUGUGCUUCCCAGGCAAAAUGCCUUAAGGACACCGUCAACACUAUAAUGGCAAUGCCACUGGUUUGAAUGCAUCUGGCUUCCUGAUGAAAAGAAAGUAACAAGGAGGCUUGGCUAAGAUUUAAAAAAAAAUCCUUUCUGAUUGAUGGCUCCCUCUUUGUCCGUUGCUGGCAAUGGACUUUUUGAAACUCCUUCUGCCAGAGUUAAACUGGGAGCUUCCUCCCCCCACCCCCCUUUGGAUGGCACACUCUAGGCAGCAAGAUAAGUAUAACUUGUGCUGAAUUUAGAUUUUUUUAAAUAGAAAAACAUGAAAUCAUAAAUAAUUUUAACUUAUUAGUUCACUUUUACUGAUAAAUGAGAAUGUUUUUAAUCUUGUAUUACAAUAUUUGUUUGCUAGGAGAUGAUUAGGAGUCUACUUAGGAGGUAAUUUCUGAACUUGAAGUCAUUUUAGCAAACAAAACUUAGCCUGUUUGAGGAGUUACCAAAACAUAUCUCAGUGCUUGCUAUAUGAUCGGGAAUAGUAUUUAGCAUUGCACUUGGAAAGUAUACAUCUCUCCCCUUCCCCACACAGCAUUUUUAUUGCUAUACCGUUAGGUUUCUUAACACCUGUUGCCAGAAAUUAGGGUCAGAGAUGGAGUUAGAUAGUAACUGAGUUGGCAGAAGAGGAAAGUACGGAGGAGGAUGCUGUACUGUGUUUUUGUGCGUUAGUGGGUUGGGCAUCGCUUUUCCAGCGAUGUCAGCUGUAUGUGUGCACAAAAUCCAGAAAUACAAGCUAUAUUUUUUUCCCUGAAGGGGAGCAGAUUAGCAUUCAUAAAACUUGCUGCAGUGCUGUUCAUCCCAGCUGUGUAACUAGGGCAGACGAAUAGAGAAUAGCCAGAGAUGGGGUAGCUGCUGAAAAGGAGGGCAUUGCUUCUGAAAGUGCUAGGAGUCCUAGAUGUCUCGCUUUCUUGUUCGGGUGCCAGCAUAAGAUCCUGAAUCAGAUUGUAAUCAAAUAUCCAUGCCAGUAAUAUAGCCAAAGCGUUAUGUACAAUGGCAUGAUUAGUUGUAUAUAGGGUGCUGGGCAGCUUACGGCUUACAUCUAAUGUGUGAUUCCUGUUUUUUUCCAUAUCAUAGAAUAAACCAGGCUUCCCAUCGGAAGUAAGCAUGGCAUUGGGAAUGUGCACUUUGAUCUGCCUAGAUGUUAGCAAGAUGAGUUGUGGGAUGUGUUUUCCUCCCCGCCAAAUGCAGGGAGGUGCAAAAGGUGUGUUUAGACCAGGUCUGAGAAAUCGGGUUCCUUUGUCAGAGGGGAUGGGGGGUGGGCUGGGAAGGGAGCAAGGAGAUUGUUAAAGGUCUCUACAGCUGCAAUUGAAUAAAUGUCUCUGGUCUGUUUUCCCUCUGUUCCUCACAUAAUCAAUGGAAACGGAAGCAGGUGCAAGCUUUUUUUUUUUUUUUUUUUAAAUCUGUCUUCAGAUUUUAAUGUUGCCUUUUGUGUAAUUUAAUCCCAUUAUGUUAUUUAAUUGUUACUGCAAUAUUAACUACUGUAUUUGUUGACUGUUUAAUAACUGUUCUUUCAGGGCUAGAAAUAAACUUUUAAAAAAUG